CGAAGCGUGACUCGUGACCAUCAAAUCCGUCAGGUUGCUACACACACAUGCAUGAACGCCCCUGUGGCAAGAUCCCAUGGCUGCUCUCCCGCUUUGCUGCCUUUCUGCUGCAGCUGCAGUGUAUGCUUCUGGCGCUCCUUCCCCUGGUUGCCUGUCGUGCAUUCAUCCCUUCGAGGAGCCAUCGCCUUGUCCGCCGUCCCACCCGACUGACACGGCCAGUCGGCCCGCAUCCGUGCCUUUUUCCCGUCCCAGCUGCAGCUGCAGGACGACGGCUGUCGACCAUGCCGGCCAAGAAGCGGAGCAAGAAGGAGGAGGAGGCGGCAGAUGAAGGGGAAGAGGGUGAGCCGCAGCCCACGGCCCCGAAGCGCAAGAAGCAAAAGGCCAAGGCCAAGGCCAAGGCCGACGAGGAUAACAACUAUGAGGACGGUGACGGCGGUGGGGAGGCCAGCGGCACCUCCCUCGUGGGUGUCAACCAGCUCGAGGGCGUCGCGGCACACCCGGACAAGUUUAAGAUUGUCAACUGGAAUAUCAACGGUACUUAGAGUUGACACACAGCAGACACACACCGGGACUCUCACGCGGGCAGAUGGAUGGAUGGUUGCAUUAAAGCACAUGCGUGUGCGUGGCUGCAUAUAUGUAUCUGUGUGUGUGUGUAGGCUUGCGUGCGGUGGCAAAGAAACCCAUAUUCCGCGAGUACAUCGAUGCAGAGAAGCCCGACGUGCUGGUGCUGAGUGAGGUCAAGGGCGACCAGACUGCCAUGCAGGAAUUCAUGGUGAGUGAGGCACUUAGUCGAAUGAAUGAAUGGUCAGGACGGACUGAGGGAGGGAGGGAGGCAGGCAAGCUGGCAGGGGAGUGGGUGGGAGAAAUGCUUGCUCGUGCUGACCCGACCCGAUCAGGUCGAUGGUUGGUUGCCGGGGUACAAGAGCCACUGGAACCUCUGCAAGGUCAAGAAGGGGUACAGUGGGGUCGCCGCAUUCUGGAAAGAGGAAGCCGAGCCCAACGAGGUACCUACGCACCUUUCCUCCCCUUUCCUCCCUGUGCGCAUGGCAUCCCUCCCUCCUCACCUGGCGGGUCGGGUGUGUUGUGUUGUGGUGUGUUGUCUGUCUGUCUGUCUAUCAGGUCAAGGUUGACUUCUGCGCCAAGCACGACCAGGAGGGCGGCCGAUUCAUACAACUCGGUCGGUUGGUUGGUAUAUAGCUUACUUACCCAGACGCCACACACACCACACAGGAUACGAUAGAUACGGCAAGAUGUUGAAAACCAAAGAAAUUGUGUGUGUGUGCGUGUGUUGUAGAUUACGAUGGCUUCACGAUCAUCGGGUGUUAUGUGCCCAACGCUGGCGAGAAAGACAAAUCUACAGACGAGAAACUCCCAAAGGUGAUACAGCCACGCGUGGCUCGCGCAUGGCCCGCCACACUCACCACACUCGCUCUCUUUUCUCUCUCUCUCUCUGUGUGUGUCUGUGUGUGUGUCUGUGGGUGUGGGUGUGUGUGUUCAGAAUCUGGAUUUCCGUACGCGUGAGUGGGACGUUGAUCUGCGCAAGUACCUCAAAAACCUCAAAAACGUCAUCUGGUCAGUCAGCCAGCCAGUCAGACAUCUCCAGCCCAGCAGCUGCACUGCACUUCAGCCCGCCCAUCCACUGAUGACAUCCAUCGUGUGCCUUGCCUGUCCUGUCCCACGCACCAACCCACCCACCCUGCCCUGUCUGUCUGUAUCAUCCAUUCAUCCCCUCAGGUGUGGAGAUCUGAAUGUGUGUCCGGAGGAGAUCGACAUCUGGAAGGCCAAGGGCAACGAGAAAAGCGCGGGAUUCACUCUUCAGGAACGGUCGGUAGAGACAGAUUAGAUGCAUGCAUGUGGGUGUGUAUGUGGGGCGCUGAGGCCCCCCAUUGUGCGCACGUGUCAUGGCAUGCUUGGUCGAUCGGGCAGCGAGAGCAUUUGCAUUAUAUGACUGUGUGGGUGCGGUGGAUGUGCCAGAGACUCGUUUGCCGAGACGUUGGAGGCGGCUGAUCUGGUGGAUGCCUUCAGGGAGAAGUACCCCGACACCAAGGCCUACUCAUACUUCAGUGCUCGCGGCAAGGGACGAGAGAAACACCAAGGUACGUACCUUGAGUCACAAACCUGUCACCCACAUACAUACGCACCCUCAUACAUACACACACACACAACGGACGGCCAUUUAUAUGUGUCUAGCUUGUGUGUGUCUUGUUUGUGUCAGGGUGGCGUUUGGAUCACCAGAUAGUGUCGAGGGAGCUGUUCGAGUCGUCAGUGCAGGACGUCAUCAUCAGGCAAGGACAUACAGGACACGGACGGACGGACCCAAGACCUGAUGAUGUGAUGGGUUGAAGUUGCAUUUUCCCUCCCUGUCUGCCUGUCUGCCUGGUCUGUACAAUUCUUUGUUUGUUUGCAUUGAUAUGAGCAGGGAGAAGGUGGCCGCCAGCGACCAUGUGCCGGUCGUACUCAUACUCAACAAGUGACUCACCCUCGCGCGCCGUCCACAUGCUGGCCGGCCGGGCCCAUAGAUUGACAGCAAUGUAGACAGACAGACAGACAGACGUGUGUAGACAGACAGACAGACAAACAUGUAGACAGACGGACAGCCAUGCGUAGUGUAGCUGGACACACAAGGGGGGCCUGUACGCCCCGGGUGCAGCAGUGGUCUGCAGAGUCAAACAUAUCUUGGC